AAACAAUAUGACAAAUAAAUAUAACCUUACUUUUAAAGUGUGAUAUUUACCAAUUGCAUAAAGCCGUAUUUUAAAACAUUUUAUUUGUAAUUUUGUGUAGACAUGCCUCCGAAAGGGCCAAAGAAAACGUUAUGGGUCGAUUGCGAGCGAUGUGGUUGUAGCAUAACUUCAAACGAUAAAAGUAUGCACGUCGAAUUAAACUGUGGAAAAGAUCAAUUAAAAUGUCCUUACGUUGAGGAUGGAAAAUUGUUUACCUGGCUUCAGAGGACAGGAGUAGCUCCUGAUGGUGCACCUCGGGAUGCUGUGCUCGUGCAUCCGUCCGCGGGAACACUAAUUGGGGCGGUAAUUGGAUGCCCUCUGCAAUUAAGCAGAGAAGGCGCUCCUAUGAUGGUGAAGCGGAUGUGGCCAUCCAAAGCAUCUGCUCCAGCCGCUGUUAUACUACCAGCAGCUGACCUAUGCAGUGCUUGGAGCAGUGACAGCAUGAAAGUAACAGUUUCUGUGGUUCAGGAGGAUAUACCAAAGGUGUCCCAUAUUACAGUCAAACUCAACAACCAUAAAACAGAAUCAGAUAUUUGUGAUAUUUUGAAACAACAUUUUUACAGUAAUUUUGUUUGUAUUGGAAGCAUUUUAGUUUACUACUAUUUUGGUAAAAAACUAGAAAUUGAGGUCCUUGAUAUAAAAUCUGAUAAACUAGAUCACAAGGGUUGGUUUGUUUUAACUGAAAAUAGUACUUGGAGUAUGCACAAAGAAAGUACUCCUAAACCUAAGAAAAAGUCACAAACUUUGGGAGGUGUUGAUGAUAUUUUAGUAGAAAUUAAAACUUUUAUUAAAAUAUCUUUCAAUAUGGAUGGCCUUGCAGCAAGCUUCCAGCCCACAAGGGGCUUGUUACUAUAUGGUCAUUCAGGAAUUGGUAAGACAGCUAUAUGCAAAUACUUAAUAGAAAAUCUCAACUGCUUCCAUAUAGAAAUCAAUGGUCCAGCCAUAUUUAGUAAAUAUUUUGGAGAAACUGAAGGGACAAUGAGAAGUCUUUUUGAAAAAGCCAUGCAGAACCAACCCAGUAUUAUAUUAGUUGAUGAAAUAGAAACUAUAUGCCCUAAAAGAUCUUCAGGCAGCACAGAGCAAGAAAGGCGAAUUACCUCAGCUUUUGUAAAUAUGCUUGACAAUCUACAUGCUGAAAACAGCAGAGUUUUUGUACUAGCAACAACAAGAAAACCAGAAAACAUUGAUCCUAUGCUCAGACGUUUUGGAAGAUUGGAUAAAGAGAUAGAAAUUCCUGUACCAGACAGAAUAAGAAGGAAAGAAAUAGUUUACAGUUUACUAAAACAUCUCCCCAACAAAAUAUCUUCUGAAGAUCUUGAGAAUAUUGCAGACUUGGCACAUGGCUAUGUGGCUGCAGAUUUGGUCAAUCUCUGCACGCAAGCAACUAUGAAAUGUAUAAAACGGUCAAGUGAUAUCGUUGCGCGCGAUGAUUUGAUUGCAGCACUGACCAUCGUCAGGCCCAGUGCUAUGAGAGAGCUGCUAAUUGAAAUACCUAAUGUUAGGUGGUCAGAUAUAGGCGGGCAAGACGACUUGAAGCUCAAGUUACGACAAGCUGUGGAAUGGCCAUUGAAACAUGCUGAAAGUUUUCGAAGACUUGGUGUUCGGCCUCCAGGUGGGGUUCUACUGUAUGGACCACCUGGCUGUUCGAAGACAAUGAUAGCCAAAGCUUUAGCUACUGAGAGCGGUCUGAACUUCCUCUCUAUAAAAGGUCCAGAACUAUUUUCAAAAUGGGUUGGCGAAUCCGAGAGAGCUGUCAGAGACUUGUUUACUAAAGCUCGUCAGGUUGCGCCAUCCAUUAUAUUUUUUGACGAAAUGGAUGCUAUCGGAGGCGAAAGAGGAGCGGGCGAAGCUGGUGUUCACGAAAGAGUUUUAGCUCAACUACUGACAGAGUUGGAUGGUGUUGUGCCGUUGAACUCUGUUACAAUAUUAGCAGCAACUAAUCGUCCUGACAGAAUGGACAGAGCACUCCUUAGACCAGGUCGUCUGGACCGUUUGAUUUACGUUCCCCUUCCAGACUUCGAGACCAGAUUACAAAUAAUAGAGUUAAAACUUAGUAAAAUGAGUGUAAGUGAUGAUGUCAAUUCUCACGUGUUGGCUAUUAAGACAGAAGGGUUCUCAGGGGCAGAACUGCAAGCUCUGUGUCAUGAAGCUGCUCUGAGAGCGCUAGAGAAAGAUCUGGAUUGCCCAGAAGUGACUAUGGAGCAUUUUGAGCAUGUGCUUAAAGAUUUUAAGCCAAGAACCCCUGAGUCUCUUUUGAAGGUUUAUCAAGAAUUUGCCUUGGGCCAGAAAUCGGGAUGAGUGAAUUUUACUCUGAAAAGCUAAUAAUUUUAGGCUUUGCAAGUGUGAUGUGUGCAUUUUAUACUUUAAGUAUAACAAAAAAGAAGUGCCUUAAUUUCUAAAUCAUUUAUUUAAUAAGAAUACUUACAGCUAUUUGUAUAAAUUAAAUAUUAAAUCUAGUCCUUAUUUUAAUCACAUCAACAUUAAUAAUACAUGUUUUAUUUCGAUAUCUGUUUUUGGAUAAAAUAUAACAAUUGCUCACUACUGGCAUUUAAUGAAAAAGAUGUAUUUUAUUUAAAGUUUGAAGAUGAAAGUUAUUUUUGAAGAAAUUGUUGUUUGAUUCGAUAUGUUAACCCAAUAUACUCAAUGUUUUUUCGCUAAUCAGGACAGUCAUAGAAUAUUCAUUAACAUAUUUUAUUACUCAUUAUUAUCUGUCCAUGAAUUUGACUUGAGUCAAAAAUACCAGACGCUACAAAUAAGAACAAUACAUAAAUAUAAUACAUACAAGAACAAUCCUACACACACAGGAUACAGCACAAUGGGUUUUGUCAGGUCACCAAAUAUUGGCGUAGCUAAUAAAAUUUGCAACAACUCACCAAAAAA